ACAAGUCAACUGUGCACAGGGAAGAGGACUGGAAGAGCACCAGACGUUUGCACGCGGAGAAACCAACACGUUGGGUUUGUUGUUGCAGACUGAGGAGAACCCAGGGGAAAAUGCCACUUGCCCCGAAACCUGCAAACUUUUCCAAACUGCAGACCAAACUGAGUGCAUGGACACCUCUGAACCAUCCGGAGUCCAACUGCAAAGUUUUCGAAGAGAGACGUCAUCUUCUUGCAAAGUGGUUUGACAGGUGGUCAGAUCUCCAGAGAAAGGCGGUUCUGCAGGAUUUUGCACUGAGCUGUUCCUUGGAGCAGUUGCACUUCCUGAGCCAUGCUGUCAGCAGACGGCUCCCCCUGCAGGCUGCAGACUUCACCUGUCUGUUGCCCAGAGUGCUCAGCCUCUACAUCUUCUCCUUCCUGGAUCCCCGCAGCCUCUCCCGCUGUGCACAGGUCAGCUGGCACUGGAAGAACAUCGUGGAGCUCGACCAGCUGUGGAUGCCCAAGUGUCUGAAGCUGGGAUGGCACCUUUGCUUUUCUCCCACACCUUUUGAGCAAGGCGUUUGGAAGAGUCACUACGUGCAGACCGUCCAGGAGCUCCGACUACGCCGCCCACAGCCUUCCUCGACCCAGCAGCCAUGUGUGGUUCCAGAUGUUAUUGGCAGCAGUCACACAGAAGCGUCUCCCGUCAGCGAGGAACGUUCAGCGGCGACCACCCACAAAGUUACAAAUAGCUCAAGGAAGCAGGUGAAAGCUCCGCCCCCGUGGAGGGGUGCAGACAGGUGUCCAAAAGACACACUGCGAUUCAACUACCUGGACAACCUGGACCCCAUCGAACAAGCAUUCACAGCGCAAAUAAAAAACAAAGCAAGUAUCCACCGCAGCAGCACCGCGAAGCCAGGUGACUCCGCGAAGAAAACGCUGUCUGAGACGAAUUAUAAACUACGCAAAGCCAAAUCGUUGAUGUUCUUGAGUUCCAGCGACAGAGACCCCCAUCAGAGUCAAACUCCAGCGCCGUGGGCGCCUCCUGGACAUAAACACUUUGUCACGAAGGAGACCACGCAGAACCUGUUGCACCUGCCCCAGUGGAAUGCUGGGAUACGUCCGGGCCCCCCAAAGACGGCGGUGCCCACACUAAGUGUGGAGGUGCUGAGGGCAUUACGGCGAUCACACCGGAGCCCUCCCAGUACACAACUGUUUGAUUUUCAGCCCUACUCUGUCUGCUGCACUCUGUCCCCACCACGAGGAAGCCGACAGAACUGCAGCUCAAAAACUGAAGUGGGAACAUUAACAGAUGUCUUUGGACCCUGCAGGCAUUAUUAUUGAUCAGCAAAUGCAGUUAUGAAGUUUACAUAUGAAAUGCAUUUUAUAAUGCGCUUUAAACAACACUGGAAUAAGAACAGAAUGGAAUCGAGAUCAGCAAUUUAU